AUAAGAGCAGCAUGGUACAAGAACAGCAUCUCUUAUUCCAGCCUAGCCAGGGAUUGAAUGGAAUUCUAGCAUUUUCUGGGAUUUAAAGAAGAUCGUGGGUGUGUUUAAUCACGCUCCCUGCGAAUUGCAAGCACUGCCCUGUUCCACGUGACUCAGGAGCCACUGCAGAGUGAUGACGCUGUUGGGUAGCCGGGUGCAGUUGCUGUAGUUUUCUUCCUUCUUCCGUGUUCUGCAACCACUAUUGUGAUUCUACAAAAUCAUUCAUUAUGUCUCAUCAGACUGGCAUCCAAGCUUCUACGGAAGUAAUGGAUAUAUUCUCAAGAGCCAGAAAUGGUGAAUAUCGGCUUUUGAAGAUAGUGAUUGAAAAUGAACAGCUUGCUGUGGGUUCAUUCAAAAAGGCUGCAAAGUCUUGGGACCAGGAGUAUGAUUCUUAUGUUCUUUCUAUGUUGGAAGACAUGGAACCUGCAUACAUUUUAUACAGACUAGACUCACAAAAUGCUCAGGGUUAUGAGUGGAUCUUUGUGGCCUGGUCACCAGACUUCUCCCCGGUUCGACAGAAAAUGUUAUAUGCAGCAACGCGGGCAACUGUGAAGAAGGAGUUUGGGGGCGGACAUAUCAAAGAUGAAAUAUUUGGCACUACAAAGGAUGAUGUGUCUCUUAUUGGAUAUAAAAAGUACCUGACAUCAGUGGCAGCUCCAUGUCCUCUGACUGCAGCUGAAGAGGAGUUAAGACAAAUCAAACUGAAUGAGGUGAAGACAGACAUUAGUGUGGACAGCAAACACCAGACUCUGCAAGGAGUUGCCUUUCCCAUGAACAGGGAGUCUGUUCAAGCUCUGGAACAACUGAGGGAUAACAAACUCAAUUAUGUCCAACUUGAGAUUGAUUUCCAAAAUGAAACCAUUGUUUUGGCAAGCACCGCCCCCACAGAGAUUAAGGAUUUGCCGAAAAGAAUUCCAAAAGACUCUGCUCGGUAUCACUUCUUCCUCUACAAGCACUCCCACGAAGGAGACUACUUAGAAUCCAUAGUCUUCAUUUAUUCGAUGCCUGGCUAUACAUGUAGUAUCCGGGAACGAAUGCUGUACUCCAGUUGCAAAAAUCCUUUAAUUGACAUGGUGGAAAAUCAAUUGGAAAUGGAAGUAGAGAAAAAGCUCGAGAUUGACGAUGGAGAUGAGCUGACGGCAGACUUUCUUUAUGAGGAGGUUCACCCCAAACAGCAUGCACACAAACAAACUUUUGCUAAACCAAAGGGUCCCACAGGCAAAAGAGGGAUACGGCGGCUCAUUAGAGCACCUGCAGAUGGUGAAUCUCCAACGGAUUAACUUCUCUUUCCUUCACUUUGAAUGAACACAUUCCAGAGGAGUUAUGCAAAUUCUGAUAUAUUUUAGCCCUGUAAGAACAGCCAUAGCCUUAAAAAAAGCAAUGGUUUUCUGGUGUAGUGGGCAAACACUAUUUCUGUAAUAUUACUUUAUAAAAUCAUUUUGUGUAUUGGGAAAUUUUCAAAGAAACACAUUGGAUUUAGUGUGGGACUGCACAAUUAUUUUUGUAAUUGUAUUAAUUGAAAACUGCCAGCUGAGGUGGGCUGGUGUCUUACAAAUACAAAAAUUAGGUUUUUGAAAAAUAAAAAUUACAAAAAUAUGAUUUCCAUAUGCACAAUCAUGAAAUGCUGCUAAAUGGCACACCAAGAUUCAUUUUACUAUAAUGGUAUUUUUAUAUGAUUAUCCACUACAAAAUUCAACCUUAUUUUAUUACACAAAAUGUGUGGUUUAUAAAACACUUGAUGAUUGAUUUUUUUAAAGCAUGUAUGCAAAUUUACUACCAGUAGUCCAUUUUAAAUUAUUGGUAGUCUGACCUGAAAUGGCUAGCUAUCCAAUAGUAUAGACCUUCAGCUGUCUUUUUUUUUUCUAAAUAUGUAAGCCAUAAUAAAUGUAUUUGAAAACAUCAGCUUUUAAUCAUGAAACUGAACUAAUUGGCCUGCAUACAUAAUAAAUUCAGUCAUUUUUCUUCACCUUUACGCGUUUCAGGCUUAUAAACUGGUAUGAAAUUAUUGCUGUGAAUGAUCUGCUGCACUAGACCCCAAUUUAUCAAAUCUAUUUGUACUCUGAUGCCAUUCCCAAUUCUGUCUUCCAUUCUAUCAGAGGAGCAAAUUGUAAACUGGAGUGAAUAGGAUUAAUAAAUAGGAGCCUGUGGGUCAUUCACAAAACUUUAAGUUAUGAGUUAUAUAAGGAAGGCCACUCCACUCCAGGUUGAACAGGCAAAAUUAUAUAAUGACUGGAUGAGGGUUAAUUGGUUCAAUUAAACAGUUUAGAACAUGAUUGGAACACAGACUGGGAGUGGACGGAACAAUUUUGACCACCCCUGGUAGAAUGGAAACCUUUACCCUUUGACCAAAUUAACCUAUGUGUUAUCCUUUCUAUUUAUAGUUGUUUACUUUUGUGCUGUUUGCUACUUUGUCAUAAUGUUGCGCUACACAGAGAUGCACAUGAUGGCACUUCAGAAGGCAUUCAAUGCAAAGCAACAUUUGUCUACAACAAGGAAAGGGAUGCUAUGGUUGAAACCUUGGGCCCCAUCAACAUAAUUUUAAGGGCUUUAUUCAGGGACCCUAGUCAUUUGAAGGGAUAUUAUAUUUAUGUUUUUGCAUUUACAAAAAAAUAAAUGUUUUAUUACAUACAUUUAAAAUAAUAAUCACAGUUGUAACAAUGUCCUUCAAACACAUGUGAUAGCGGAGUUUUUUAUUUUUUCUCUACCCAUGAUCAAUGUUUCAUAGUAAAGUGGUGUCAAUGAUCAAUGUAAGUGGUA